UUGAGGCAGGAACUGAAAGCAAACUUUAGAAAGUAACUAAAUCCAUUGUCCUGUCUUUGGUAGGAAAGAGAAUCCAUCUCUUGUUAAUCUAUAAAUCUGUUUAUUCACUCUGUCUUUCAAAGAAAAUUUCAUAGCUUCUGCUACUAAUUCAUUCUAGACUGUAACAAUGCUGAUUGCUGGGAAAGUCUUUCUUGUAGCUAACCAGGAACCUCCAAGCUUAAGAAUCUGUCCCCUUCUAUAUCAGGAGGGCAGGUGCAUGUCUGCAUACUUCUAGUUUGGAGAACUUUUCUCUUUGUUCUUCCCGUCUGUCUUUGCUACAUAGAGGCUGCUUUAAAAAUAGGCUUUAAAGUCAUUACUUUUGUUUACUGCUCCAGAGUAUAGGAGCACAACCAGGGCACAAGUUGGGACAUGGGGUGCUGAAUUAAUAACAUGGGUGGCAUCUGGCUUUUCUGGUGAGAGCCCAUCUUCAGCCCUGGAAGUCUGGUUUGUUUUAGUGCCCUGUCAUCCAUUGUGCCCAGCACUGUGCCUCCAUCACUACUUAGAGACUGUUUUCUGGGCUGUUUUCAUUUAUUGAUGUCUAAGAGUUUAGAGAUGCUUCCUGUCUCAUGGGGAUGUGAUACCUUUGUCACCUCUAAGCAAGAUAACUUCUUGAAAAAGUGGAGGUUCCCAUUGGUGCACAUUGCAGUGCUUUAUUUCCAGUGGGCAUGUGAUAUGUGAGCUGCCACCCUCUUUUACUUCCUUUGACUUCCUUUUGCUAUUCAUGGGGGUUAUUCCUUUGAGCCUGCAGUACUUCUAACCCUGGUUGCCUGGGUUUUGCUUCUUUUUCCAUUGCAUGAUCUUGAUCAUGAUCACUGAUCACUUAAUAGUACUCUAAAUUCCACAGAUGGAUUUAGACUGGAAUUCGGUAAAUCCUCUGAAGGUGUCCCCUCAUUUACUUAUACUUCUUGCGAUCUCUACAUUGUGCUAGAGAUUUAUUCAUUUCUUUCAUUCGUUGGUUCAAUUUUUUAUAACUGGUCAGCACCUUGCAAGGAGGUAGUAACAUAUCCAGUUGUGAAACUGGGAAAGGCCAGAGUUUUCAGAUUCGGGAAACAUGUCCCGUCGGAAACAGACAAAUCCAAAUAAAGUUCACUGGGAUCAAGUAUUUGCUGGGCUAGAAGAGCAAGCCCGCCAGGCGAUGAUGAAAACUGAUUUUCCUGGAGACCUUGACAGUCAGCGACAAGCUAUCCAACAACUAAGAGAUCAGGACUCCAGUAGCAGUGACAGUGAGGGUGAUGAAGAGGAGACCACACAAGAUGAAGUCUCUUCCCACACAUCAGAGGAAGAUGGAGGAAUGCUCAAAGUGGAAAAAGAGUUAGAAAAUGCAGAGCAGCCUGUUGGUGGGAACGAAGUGGUAGAGCAUGAGGUCACGGAGAAUUUGAGUUCCGACCCCUUGCUUGAAAUCUGCCAGUGUCCCCUCUGCCAGCUAGACUGUGGGAGUCGGGAGCAGCUGAUUGCUCACGUGUACCAGCACACUGCAGCAGUGGUGAGCGCCAAGAGCUACAUGUGUCCUGUCUGUGGCCGGGCCCUUAGCUCCCCAGGGUCACUGGGUCGCCACCUCCUAAUCCAUUCUGAGGACCAGAGGUCUAACUGUGCUGUGUGUGGAGCCCGUUUCACCAGCCAUGCCACUUUUAACAGUGAGAAACUUCCUGAAGUACUUAAUAUGGAAUCCCUACCCCCAGCCCACAAUGAGGGCCCCUCCAGCGCUGAGGGGAAAGACGUUGCCUUUAAUCCUCCAGUGUACCCUGCCGGAAUUCUGCUAGUGUGCAACAACUGUGCUGCCUACCGUAAGCUUCUGGAAGCCCAGACCCCCAGUGUACGCAAGUGGGCCCUACGUCGACAGAACGAGCCUUUGGAAGUACGGCUGCAGCGGCUGGAACGAGAGCGCACGGCCAAGAAGAGCCGGCGGGACAAUGAGACCCCCGAGGAGCGGGAGGUGAGGCGCAUGAGGGACCGCGAAGCCAAGCGCCUGCAGCGCAUGCAGGAGACAGAUGAGCAGCGGGCACGGCGGCUGCAGCGGGAUCGGGAAGCCAUGAGGCUGAAGCGGGCCAAUGAAACCCCGGAGAAGCGGCAGGCCCGGCUCAUUCGGGAGCGGGAGGCCAAGCGGCUCAAGAGGCGGCUGGAGAAAAUGGACAUGAUGUUGCGAGCUCAGUUUGGCCAGGACCCUUCUGCCAUGGCAGCCUUAGCAGCUGAGAUGAACUUUUUCCAGCUGCCUGUGAGUGGAGUGGAGUUGGACAGCCAGCUCCUGGGCAAGAUGGCCUUUGAAGAGCAGAACAGCAGCUCCCUGCAUUGAACCACACCCUCCUGUCUGCUUACCCACCCACUCACCCACCCAGGCCCCCAGGGACCAGUGCUGCAGCCACCCAGAAGGCCCUGUCCUUACUGCCUGAGGCAGAUCUGGGUUUGUUGCAGGUGGACCUGUGCCCCCCUUGCAUGUGGGAGCAAGAUGAUGGAGUCAGAGGGGAGCUGGCUCAAGGUGGCUCUGGAAAAGGGAGCAGGUACUCCAGUGAGCUGGAUUUCUCAGCCCACUGCUGCAGGGAAUGCUUACCGCACUGUGGGGCCCUGGUAUGGCUGCAAAGUUGUGAGGGCAAAUAAAUUAAUUUUAUCUUCACUGGACCUUUCCUGCUUUUCUCCCAGUUUCAUUCCAGCAAAUGAAAUGAUCUCAGCAAGAGCAAGGUGGAAGUUUUUAGAAUUCCAGUUGCUUUUCCUUUUCUGUGGGAGGAUAUUCCUCAACUUGGGCUGUCCAAGCGGAGAUCCCUUAUUUGGGCCUUUACAAGUUGACAAAUAAUUAUGACAUUCAAGAAUCAAAGCUGACUUUGUGAGGGUUCAUUCCUACAACUAUAACAAAGGUGUCUACUGUCCCAAGGGCUAUUUAAAUCGAGUUUAGCUUUUCCAAACUCAGAAGUAGUCGUUUUUCCUCAUAAGUGG